UUUGAAUGCUAUAUAAACCCAUCGCCACCGGCACCACCGCCAUUCAUCGUCGAUCCUUGGUAUAAUUAAGGCUCGCCGGUCGGCAGUCAAUCGAUCGCCGGUGGCACCAUGGCGUUUUUCUCCAAUAUCCCGUUCUUUAGGAGCAGCGGCGGCGGCGGCCACAACAACAACAACAACAGCAGCAGCAACCGUGCCAACGAGUUCAUCCUCAUCCGCACCUACAGCUUUGCCCGCCUCGGCCGCUACCUCCACAAGCUCGUCCUCUUCCUCUACCGCUUCUCCGUCUUUCACUUCUCCCCCUUCUUCCUCCACGUCGUCUACUUCGGCGGCCUUGUCCUCCUCGGCUCCCUCCUCAUGUCCGUCCUGCCGCCGUCUAAUCCAGACUACAAUCCCCGCUACGUCGACAUGUUCUUCAUGUCCACCUCCGCCCUCACCGUCUCCGGUCUCGGCACGGUCGUCAUGGAGGACCUAUCCUCCCCGCAAGUUAUCGUCCUCGCCCUCCUCAUGCUCGUCGGCGGCGAGGCCUUCGUCACCCUCCUCGGCCUCCUCCUCCAGAGAAUCAAACCCCCCGCCGCCCAAGGCAGCCAAGUGGCCGGCGAAGAAUCCGACGAUCAGAACGACGUCGCAGUCGACAUCAUCGUCGCCGACAACCACGACGUCGUGACUCAUCGUGAGGCGGCGGCGGCGAAGGAGGAGGAGCACUUGGCGUCCCUUUGCGUCCGGAGAAUGGGCAACAUUUUGAUGGCGUACAUCUUCGUCUUCCACGUCUUCGGAAUCGUGUCCCUCGUGAUCUACUUCAAAUGCGUCUCCGACGCGCGCCAAAUUUUAGCCGCCAAAGGCAUCGACACCUUCCUGUUCGCCUUCUCCUCCACGGCCUCCUCCUUCGCGAACGGCGGCAUCAUCGCCACCAACGAGAACAUGGCCAUCUUCAACCGGAACCCGACGGUUCUGCUGCUGAUGAUCGCCCAGGUCCUCGCCGGCAACACAUUGCUGCCACUCUUCCUCCGGUGGACGGUUUCGGCGCUGAGGAGGCUGACCAAGAAGCAGGAUCUCGACCGGACGCUGAAGGCCGACGCCGUCGUCGUCGAGCCGCUGCUGCCGGCGGCCGAGACGCGCCGCGUCUCCCUCACGGUGGUAGGGCUGCUGACGGCGCUGUUGGGCCUCUUCCUCGCCAUGGACUGGGACGGCGCCGUCUUCGCCGGGCAGACUCCGUUCGAGAAGUUCUCUAGCGCGUUCUUCAUCGCCGCUAACUCCCGGCACGCCGGCGAGAACUCCAUCGACCCCUCCCUCAUCUCACCAGCCGUCCUCGUGUUCAUCAUCGUCAUGAUGUAUCUUCCCUCCUCCAUGACCUUCACGCCAAUUCACGACGAUGAAGAUGAAAAGAAGACGAACAAAGAAAAGAAGAAAAAGACGAUGAAGAAGAAGUCGUCGUCAUGGAUCGCACACCUAAUCUUCUCGCAACUUUCUUACAUUAUCAUCUUCGUCAUGGCCAUCUGCAUCAUAGAGAGAAAGAAGCUCUCAAGAGAUCCACUCAACUUCAGCACCUUGAACAUCAUCUUUGAAGUCAUGAGUGGAUAUGGAAAUGUUGGAUUGUCGACUGGUUAUAGUUGUGCAAGGCUGCAAAGAAUACAUCCAGAGGCAGUGUGUGCAGACAAGCCUUACUCAUUGUCAGGGAAGUGGAGUGAUGGAGGGAAGGUGAUUUUGUGCUUCGUCAUGCUUUAUGGAAGGCUCAAGAAGUUCUCUGCCAAUGGUGGCAAAGGAUGGAAGCUUUACUGAUUAAUUACUCAUGGUCUAAUUAUUUUGAAAUUAAUUAAUACUACUUCUUGCGAAAUGUGCAUGGUGUGAGGAAGAAAGGUUGGUCAAUGGAAGUAUAGGAGGCCUAGUGAUUUGAUUAUUAAUGAUACAUGUUGAUUUGUAAUAAUAUUUUCUCAAAAGUAACGAUGAAAUGAAUAAUCUUGUUGUUU